CGUGUUUUUUUAUUUACCUUGUCAUUAUGCAGCAUAUUGAAGAUUUGACACAAGACAAGUUCUCUUUGCAACAUGUACUCGAGGCUUCACAUGCUUUAGCAGAGUCAUUGGCUGCUGAAAAUUCUUCUUUGACAGAGAGUUAUAACCAACAGAGAAGCAUUGUCGAUCAACUAAAAUCUGACUUGGAAAAUAUACAGGAGGAAAUCAAUCACCAGCUGGUGGAACUUUAUGCAGUCAGAAAUGAAUAUGCAAAUGCACAGUUAGAAUGUAAUGCAGCCGAUGAACAUUCCAAGCUAUUGGCAUCCGAAGUUAUUGGAUUAGAGAAGAAGGUAAUAAGACUAAGGUCCAGUGAGCUAAAGCUGGAGACUCAAAUGGAGAACGCACAAGCUGAAAUCUCUUCAUACAAAAUGUUGUGCCAUCAUAAUAUGCAAGGACAUGCUCACAUGCUCAAGGAGUCGAGAUGGCAAGUGCCUGAAGUAGGACUUGUUCGAAUCUGAUUCAAGGAAAAAGAUGGCCAGCCUAGAAAAAGAUCGUUCAGAUUUGCAGUCAACUAUCAAUGCUCUUCAGGAAGGUAAGUGUGCUUAUAUGAGCCGUAAUAGAAUCAUACAUAUUUUUUAUCAUGUAUUAUAUAUAAAAAGACGGAAGAUGGAGAAUUUUUUGGAUUAAUUUUUAACUCAGUUCUCUGUGUGGAAUCUUUACCUUUUAGUGGAUUUGCAAGAGGGACAAAUUGCUUCGGGCAUGCUUCUUUAAUUUUCUGGUCUAGACUUAGUGAUCAUGUAUUCCGCUGUGUUUUUUUAAUUAGGUUUAAGAUUUUUAUUUUUUUAUUAUUUUUUUGUUAUUAUUAUAAUAAAACCAAUGUUUUAAAAGGCUCGUCUCAGGAUGCGCCUAGGCGUUCUCUGAGGCUAGGAGUGAGGGUUGACCCCUUUGUUUUGAGGGAGUGGGUGGAAGGCAUCAUCGGAGCCGCCUAGGCGCACCUCAAGGUUUUUUUUUUCCUCUCUCCCUGAUAAGCUCAUAUUUAUAUAUAUUUUACAUCAAAUUCACUUGU